AUGGCAGCUUCAAAUCUGAAAGUGAAACUUUUGGUUGACAAGAAAGCCAAGAAAGUCCUGUUUGCAGAGGCAGGGAAGGAAGUUGUGGACUUCCUCUUUAACCUAUUGGCCUUACCUAUGGGAACAGUUGUCAAGCUUCUCACCAAGGAUAGCAUGGUUGGUUCUUUGGGCAAUCUCUACAAAAGUGUAGAGAACCUAAGUGAAUCCUACUUAGAACCAAAUCAAACCAAGCUUUCCCUCCUAGAACUCAAACUUCCUUCUGAUGUUUCACAAGUUCCUCUCCUUUUGUCCAAUCAAACUUCACCUACUCCUGAUGAAGGCAGUACUUUAUAUUUCUACCGGUGCAAGUACACUUGUAACAACAAUGUAAGCAAUAACAGUGAUACUAGAUGUCCUAACUGUCAACAUAAGAUGUCAAUACAGAUGACUUAUGUUGCUGGAGCAGGAACAGCAGAGGAGCAUAUAUGCAGAGAUAAUGGAGCAGGGUAUGUGAAGGGAUUGGUGACUUAUAUGGUGAUGGAUGGUUUGUCUGUGACACCCUUCUCUACUAUAUCUAGUAUCACUCUCUUGAACAACUUCAAUGUCAGAGAACUGGAUUCUCUUGAAGACAGGGUUGUUGAUUUGGAUAUGGAUUUGGGUUUGGCAAUUCUAAAACCUUCCUUGCAAUCAAAGAUGGUUCUUACAGAUGUCUUUCUUGGGAAGAAGCUGAAACAGUGUCCUGGCUAG